GGGGGUAUGGCCUUCAGUACUGACUAUGAAGUGGCGCUUUCAAUAUAAGCUCAUGGCUAGUGACUCCCACUCCAAGGAUCACUCAGUCUUAAAAUAUUACUGUAAGCCUGCAGGAGCAGGUGUUAGGGAUGUUGAUGGGUAAUCAGGUGUGUAGAUUCGCCACUCUCAUUCUGCUGACUCUGAACUUGGAGGAUUAGUUGGCGAGCCGGGAGAGAGUUUGUCCAUCUCAGUGAAUCUGAGUGCACAUUCUCUUCCACUUUUCUUUCGGGCUCCCCUGUGUUUUCUCCCUGCAAUUGGGAUAAAGCCGUGCUUUUGUAGGUCCGCAAUGAACCAGAAGGUCGUCCUCAUCACUGGCUGCUCCUCAGGAAUUGGCUUAGCGCUAGCAGUGCGCAUUGCCAAGGAUGAGAAGAAGAGAUUCAUGGUCUAUGCCACCAUGAGGAACCUUGCCAAAGGCGAGGCCCUGGUAGAGGCUGCCGGUAAGACCCUGGGACGAACCCUGGAGAUCAAACAGCUGGACGUGUGUAACGAGCAGUCGAUCAAGGCCUGUGUGGACAGUCUCCCAGACCGCAGAGUGGACAUCCUCAUAAGCAAUGCAGGGAUGGGCCUUAUUGGGCCAAUCGAGUGCCAAACUAUAGACGAGAUGAGAAACGUCAUGGACACCAACUUCUUCGGUUUGAUUCGACUCCUCAAAGAACUUCUGCCAGACAUGAAGAGGAGGAAGAAAGGCCAUAUUGUAGUCAUAAGCAGUGUCAUGGGAAUCCAAGGAAUUUUGUUCAAUGAUGUCUAUGCUGCAUCCAAAUUUGCUUGUGAAGGGUUCUGUGAGAGUCUUGCAGUUCAAGCCCUGAGAUUUAACCUGAAUAUUACACUCAUUGAGCCCGGCCCGGUCAUCACUGAAUUUGAACGUAAGGUCUACGAGGAAGGCAUGAAGAUAGACCUUUCAAAAGCCGACAAGGUGACGGCUGACAUGUUCACCAACAUUUACAUGAAAAACUAUGGCCAGAUCUUUGAGAGCCUUGGCCAGACACCUGAGGAUGUAGCAGAGCACACACACAAAAUCAUCACAAUGGACAACCCGCCCUUCCGCCAUCAGACAAACACUCUGUACACCCCAAUGACCACUCUAAAGUACGCUGACCCAGAAGGAGAUCUGCCCAUUGACACCUUCUACAAGAUGGUGUUCGAGCAUGACAAGGUGUUCAAUGCCAGCCUCAACUUUCUCAAGCUACUGCGCUGGAGAAGUCGCAAGAGCUUCAGUCUGGAGAAAGAGGAGAAAAAAUCCUAAUCAGCCACCUACAUACUCUAUGCUACAUUUACAUUUGCCUUUAUUCAUUUGGCGGAGGCAUUUGUCCAAAGCGACUUACAGCAGUGGAAUAACAUUUGAACUUUUAAUCAUAUUUAGAUUUAAGCCACAGAGCUGCAGUACAACAAUAGAAUAAAUUUAAGCUAUUAACAUUUAAGCAUUUUAAGAUUUAAACUUUUAAACUACAGGGCUACAGCUACAGCAUUAGAAUAACGUUUAAGUACAGUGCAGAGAAAAAUAUAGCUAGGAGUUAUCGCUGUAUCUGUCAAUACUAGUGCUAGAGGAUAAGAGUGUCUAUUAAGUACCAGUAGAAGUAUGGAG